AUGGAGCGCGAACUCAUCACUUUCGCAAUCUCGAUUACAUCAUCGAAAAAGAUAUUUUUGUUAUGCUUUAUUUUUUUUUGUUUUCUUGCUAUCGCGCUCAAGCUCCUUGAGUGCUUUGAUGACAAGGUCAAUGGCAAAUGGGACGAUUAUGACCUUAGCCUGACGGUUCUGGAUAGUAAGCUUGACGGUCAUGUUGAGGCCAUUCUAGUCAUUAGCUAUUUCCUUGGCGAUUUCUUCUCCAAUUUUCUUGGGAGAGAGGUUGAGUUGUCCGAUUUUGGGGCCAAGAGAGCUGGCUUCACCGACCUCGCCGUCGGUAACUCAGACAAAUACGUCAAUGACUUGAGAGGAAUCGAACUUCGGCGGCAUUUUUAUGGAAGCUGGAGGCUUGUGAGACUAAAAAAUUGA